AUGAAGACCAGUUCUACUUUCUUGUGGAGAUGUAAUUGUCCUUUUGAUACCAAUCAUCUAAUCCCUAAAUCUGAGCAAGUUGAUGUACCUAAGAAACUAAUCUAAUUACUUGAAAAAUUUGAUAUUCAUGGGAUAUAAUGUGAUAAGCACAGUGGAUAUAAUGCAACUGUUUAUUGUUAACUUGAGAACAUGCUAAUUUGUGAAGAAUGUGCUUUAAACGAUCCUCAUUAACAUUACGUUAAUAAUAAUCAUUUGCAUAUUUUUUCAUCUUUUGAAGCUUUGUUUGAAAUUGAUAAAGAGAAUAUUUUCAGAAAGAAAAUAAUAAAAUCAUCAAAGAUAAAUAGUCCAAUAGCGAGUAAAAAAAUAGUUUAGGGAAAUCCAAUAGUCUUUCCUCCAAAUAAUAUUUAACCUGAUUCUGAAUUGUAGUAAAACCCUUUAAACAAGUUAUAAAAUGAUACAAGACUUUUGGAAUUCAGAAGACUCAUAGAUGAGUAAAUUGAAGAUUUGACAGAUUAGACUAUGAACAAAUCAACUUUAGCGAACUGA